AUGCAAACACACGCCUCCUACAUCGCAGGGGUGUUUGGGAAUGGUCCGGAGACAGACCACGAGGAGGGCCUGACAAAAGAGGAGACGGAGCCUGCGAUCGAGGCGGAUGCUUCUUCUGAAGAGAACUCCCCUCGCGCGGCGGACCCGGAGAACCUGGGUCCCAAUGAUGAGGAGCAGUCCAAAAAAGGUGGACCGGAUGAAAGCCCAGGGACGGGACCGCAGAACAGUGAAGGGCAGAGUGGGAGGGACGGUUUCAGUUCAUGGGGAACGGAAGAAUGGGACGGACCAAGAGAGCUUGAGAUGGUGGGUGAGGAAACGGAGCCCCGAAUUCGUUUCCGACAAGCGCUUCCCAUGGGAACCACGUGGGGACCUUUCCAAGGAAAGAUUGAGAUGCCUGCAGGAACUGGAAGCGACACGGUAUCUCCUGCAGUUCUGAAUGGAGGUCCCAAAUGGUUGCAAGAUGUGGCGUGGGUCAGUGCAGAGGAUGGGAAGAACAACUGUGCUGUAUACAACAAAGGAGGACAGCUGUGGUGUUCUACGACGAAAAACGUCAUGGCGGGAGAGGAACUCACAGUUUGUGCUGUGGACUUCUACUCUCAGCUUCAAGCAGUCGCACAAAUUCCCCUUGGACACGAGAUGUACCCCGCACGACUUCUGGACACCAUCCAACUCCUCCCUCAGCAAGCUGCAAUGGCGUCCAUACUUCCCAGCGCUAUCAUUAACAAGAAUAUCUUCCCCUGCAAGUCAUGUGGGAUCUGGUACAGAAGUGAGAGAAACCUGCAAGCACACUUGAUGUACUACUGCAGUGGGAGGCAAAGGGACCCUGAAGUGACAACUGAGAAGAUCAAGAAUGGCAGUCACCAGUUACCUCGUGUUUGCUCCUUCCCACAAUGCAAUAUGAGCUUCUCCGGCUCCCAUGCCCUGGAAAUGCACUUAUCCACGCAUACUGGAUUCAAGAUGGAGGAGAGCACAUCAAACGGGAACAGCUUGAAAUGCACUAUCUGUGACCACACUGCCGACACUCUUCUGACACUCCAGCAGCACAUUCUAUCCCACCUGUCUCAGGUGGGUCUCAGGUGUAAUCAUUGCCACUUCCGGUUCCAGACGCCCAGAGAGCUCUUAAAACACCAGGAACUGCAUGGACAUGGCAGCAUCAAACCUCCUUCCGAGGCUGAAGCUGGACGUUCUCGAGCCGCGGAUGGUCCUCAGAUGACAAGACCUGAGCUGGCGCAGAAAGACGCCCCACACAGUCCAACGCAGAUCCAUGAUGUCAAUUCUAAAGCAGAGCAAGACAACGCCGAGAGCGGACAGGCCGCCUCUAAGGGUGACAUCAGCUCAGGACAGAGGGUGAGUUUCUCAUACACCAGGGUCAAGUCCGAACCGUCCAGCCCUCGUCUGGCUUCCUCGCCAAUCCAGCAUCACAUGGCCCCAGCAUUUCCCAUCUCCCCCUUCAUGUCGCAUGUCCCUUUCCCGCACGAUAUCUCCUCUGUCCCACAGGCAUCUGAGAUUCUGGCGAAAAUGUCAGAGUUAGUCCAUCGCAGGCUGCACCAUGGUGGGAACAGCUAUCCUCCGAUGAUGUAUAGCACGCUUGUUCCGAAAGGAGCGACAUGCUUCGAAUGCAAUAUAACUUUCAGCAAUCUGGAUAAUUACCUGGUACACAAAAAGCAUUACUGUAACAGCCGUUGGCAGCAUAUACCCAAGCCAAAUGAUUACGCCUCCAUUCUGGACAAAACUGCUGAGGCAGGGAGUCCAAAAAGUGGAAACAGUGGUUUGGUGAAUAUCCUAAACGCAGGUGGACACUCCUCUGAGGUUAACAGUCCCCGAAAUGAUUCCACACACUUAAAUCCACCUGUGUUUGAUCCUUUACACUCAGGUGGGAAAGUAACGGAUGAACUCCCAGUACUGGUUAAAAAAGCCUUAACUCCUUCUGGUGCAGAGGAGAAACCGAAUGGUAUGCAGGAUAAUGGUAUGCAGGAAUUUUUAGGACACAGCCCUAAAAUAUCCCCGAUAGAGAAUGAAAUAGACCCCAACCAAACCACGUGCGAGGCUUGCAAGAUAACUUUCAGUCGACACGAGACGUACAUGGUGCACAAGCAGUAUUAUUGCGCCACUCGUCACGACCCACCCGCAAAAAGAUCCCAUGGCAACAAAGCGCCAGCCAAUCAGAAAUCAGUACGGGCGAGAAAGAGAAGGAAGGCGUAUGAGAUGACAGCACCUGAUCAGGAGCAAAUGCCCCCAAUGGGACAGCCACCUUGCCAUGGGAUGCCUCCUGGAGGUGUUCUGGGUCAGUACUUUUCACAGGACGCAGCAGAGAGUCUCAGGGAACAGUUUCACCCGAGAUACGUCAUUCAAGGUUUGGUCCCCAAACAUCCCGAAGCAUCCCUGACGGUUGCAAAAUCAGCCCUGGUCUCUAAAUGCAAUACGAUAGUUCAAGACGAAGUGGACACACCUAUGGAUCUCAGUAAAAAAUGUUUCCCACAGUUUGGGAAAAUGUCCCUCUCCCCUAAAGGACUCAUGGACUACCAUGAAUGCGCGGUAUGCAAAGUUAGCUUCAAUAAAGUUGAGGAUUACCUCACACACAAACAAAACUUCUGUCCUGCUACAGCUUUGGAUAACAAAAUGCAGCAUGAUAUGAAAAAAGAAGGCAGUGGUCGAAUUAAUGACAAAACCCUGGAGAAAUCGAAUGAAAAUACCACUUUUGACCUUAGCGUUCAACAGGCUAACAUCAAAGCUGCUAGCAAGGAAAAGCCAAUCUCACUGACUGACGAAUCUAAAAAUACAUUCGAAUCCUCUGGAGGUUACCCAGGUGAGACUAAGAAAAUGAGACGAGAUGAGCAAAUAUGGCCAUAUUAUGAGAUCAAACCCACUGACUAUGCUACAGGGAUGGUGAUGACACAGAGUGAGCGAAGACAUAGCCCCAGUGAGGGGACUGAAGGAGAGAAAGAUCAGCCCAUGCCCGAUGGCUGUCAAAACAAUGCGGAGGAUCCUGGGAGCCCCCAGCCCAAAAACAGAGGUAAGACAGCAGCCGAUAAUGCCGGCCAGAUCCCCAAGGAUAAGGCAACGGAUCCAGAUGGCAAGGAACACAGUCCUCCUUUAUCAAAUGACUGCGUGUCAUCCUCCACUCCAGACUCAGAGAGUCCGACGGAGCCCAAGGAGGACCUGUCUCCAUCUCCCACGUCAAAGACUAACAGAGAAGUCUCAGCCAGCAUAAAGAAAGGUUUGAACGGAUCAAUCCCAACAGGCAAUGUGAAGUACUGCCGCCCAUGCGACAUCCAGUUCAACAACCUGUCAAACUUUAUAACGCACAAGAAAUUUUACUGCUCUUCGCACACGGCAGAGCAUGUGAAAUGA